GCUUGCGCGACUCACUUUCACUGCAUCGGUAUUAUCCAUUCCGGCCAGCGGAACUGUAGCACCACACGCCGAGGGGUUACCGCCAGCCCACCUGCGAGCUCGAUUCUCGGAUAUGGUGAAAAGGGAAUAUUAAUAACGAGAUGUGCGGCUAACCCAAGAUCAACUGAUUGUUUUUUUUCAUCGCUGAAGAUUGACAGAACUUCAGUAAUUACAUCGAGGGUAAGACGCCCAACCCCGUUCCAGCCAGCUUUGGGCUAACGUGAAAGCCGGUAACCGGGUAAGAAUCCUGACACAAAAUGGUCUCCAUAGUUGCUCGUGUUUCGUGCAUUUUGCUGGUUGUGUUGGCUACCGGUGUUUGGUCACAACCUUCCAUUGAAGAAGACCUCGGGUCUCAGACAGCAGAGCAAGCUACUUCUUCACCAGGCGAUGCCAACUCAUACUGGGAAGUCCAGUGGAAUGACACGACUAGUCUCGUAACAGAAGAUAGUGACAUUUUCUCCGUGGCGGGUCUAAUCAUUCCUGGUGUUGAAGUUUCAUCUCUCAUCAAUGUUGCUGCUCAGUCGUGGAACUCUGGCACGGUGAAGGAGGCAGUCGGCGAGGUCUGCGUGGCAGUUGGACCUCUUGCGUCUCAGUUCUUGGGAAGCACAGUUAGAGAUGUCUGCGAACCGGUUCUGGAAUCUCUGAGAACCGGUCAACCUGUACAAGGUGUGUCCGAUGUCUGCCAAGAAAUCUGGAGCGGGUUGGAAGAUUCAGACGGAGACUCCCAGGACGAAUAUCCAAUGGUACCUUCUUAUGAUUACCCGAACCAAUCAGACGACGAUGACCCUUUUCCAGACGAUGGCACAAGGGAUUUCUGGGACAUACCAGGAAUCGGCUACUUCUACCCUAUGCAAUUUCUGAAGGAGAUCCUUGGCUUCUCAGAAGACAACAAUGCUGAAACGUGUAGCAGACUCGGAAGCGUGGUUUACAACCGGUCUCUCACUGGGCGUCUUCUCAUACGAAACAUCACUUUCACGGCUGUGAAGCGGUUGAUCCCCCUAUCUCUACUGUCUUGUGAUGAUUUAGACAACGGAGAGGUUCAUUUGGGCAAGCUUCUCCUCCAAAUUUUCACAGCGUUGUCUGGGUUAGGCGAUAACCAACAGUUUUGUGAUCAAGCAAGGGGAUUAAUUUCAUCCGACGGGCCGGAAGCAAACCAACUUAUCAAUGAAACAACCAGCGCAUUACUGAGAGCUCUCAUUGAUGACUCGAAUCUGUGUGUUGAACUGAUAUGGCGGCUGCAGGAUUCUGGUUCGUGGAUGAGUUACCACACAGCAUUUGGUUAUCAGACGGUAGCGGACAUGUGCAGCAACAUUCAAGAAGUAUUACGAAGUUCCGAUCCUAGCGUGCAGUUCUCAAUGGAUCAAUCAUCUUUGACAACAACCGGACUCAAUGUUAUCAAAAUGGUUCGGGCCGCAGGUAACUUCUUGAACAGUGGUACAGUUCGUGAAGGUUUUGUUGGGCUUUGCCAAUCAUUUAGUGGAGUGGCAAGUAGCUCCGAUCAGAAGAUGUGUGCAGCACUGGAAAUGGAGACCCCAGAUGAGCUAAUCCGGCAAUGUCUUGCACUCUGCGGACUAAGUCCCGACGAUGGGUCACAUAAUCCAAACGACCCAACAGAAGGUUCGGGUGAUCCUCGAGAUCCAGGGGAUGGGAAUGGUCGUGUUGAUCCAACAGAAGGUCCCUGGUCACGUUCUCCCAGGGACCCGACAGAGCGUUCGGGUGAUCCUCGAGAUCCAGAAGGGGGCUCGGGUGUUUCCCACAAUCCAGGAGAGGGGAGUGGUCAUGGUAAUCCAACAGAAGGUCCCUGGAAUCCAAGUCGUCCUGCAGAGGGUUCUGGUGACAAUCGCGACCCAGAACGAGGCGGCUCAGGUGAUCGAGAGGGACCAGGUUCCGACACAAAUGGUGAUCCCUGGUGGUACUCUCACGACUUAUUUGCUCAUUGGAAUGACUUUUCAGAAGUGGAACUUCUAAAGGCAUGGUUCUCCGAGUUCUUCGACGGCGGCAGUGGCCUUGAUGACAUGGGCAGAGACUCGUUACCUCUCCCUGACAUGAAGCAGCUCCUGGAGGCCAUUUUUGAUCUUCAUGAUGCCGACUCAGAAGCUAUCUGCCAACGAUUUGGUUGGAAAAUCCAUGAAAACGAAAUGACCGUUCGUGAUGUGAUUAUCAAGAUAUUAGACAAAACCUUAGAAUUUUUAGCAUGGUCAGCUCCAGAACUGUGUGGAGAAGGUCCAUAUAGUGGAGGAGUCACUGAUCGGCCGUGGUGGUCUCCUUCGGCUGGUUUAAGUGACAAUCCCAGUUGGGCCCCGACGCCCACAGAUGCAGUAAGUGACAUUCCAGUCACUGAUCAGCCAUGGCAGUCUCCUUCAGGUGGAGUUACUGACAAUCUCAGUUGGGCCCCGACGCACACAGAUACAGUAAGUGACAUUCCAAGCAGAUCUCCACCAGAUGGCGUUACCGACAAACCAAUGUGGUCUCCCGGUCCCUAUGACAACUUUCCUGGGUCGUCCCCUGGUCCGAGCCAUCCAAACUGGUUUCAACCUGACGACGCAGACUCAAGGUGGGAGAGGGGUCAUCUCGGACCCCUUCCAGGAAGACUUGUCGCUAAACUGUUUGCGUUCCUGGGUGGCUUCUCCUCUAAAGAAGAAAUGUGUCGUGAAGUAAAAACGGAUUAUUAUUUUGGUUCCCUGAAACACCGGAUUAGUCACAUGAGAAACAAGCUUCUCACCAUCACGUGGGAUGAAAAUGUCUGCAAUAACUUUUUCGACAUUGUGAGCUCUGAGAUUGAUCUGUUUGGAGGCAUGGGUAGAACCUUUCUGGAUGCAGCAAGUGUGUGCGGACAAAUAAAAUAUGCAUUUAGCCGUCACAACACUGAAUCGCUCUCAGAUAUCAUAGGUGAUGAUUCUGACAGGCCAAACCUUGACCUAGUUGGGUUUAUUUCAAUAACUGGCCUUGUGUUCAAUACUACGAUUAAAGAGGCUGCUCUGCUACCAUGUACCACAUUCACAGGUACUCGUUUGGACAGCCAAGAGCUACAAAGGGAGUGCAGUCUUCUGUCCGACCCAGACCCAGCUGGGCUGAUUGAAGAGUGCAGAGUCUUCUUCGAGGACGGCAACUGGUUGCGCAAAAUCUACAACAUCGAGACUUGGUGGCCCAACUUUGGUGAUUACAUCUACCAACCAUGGGGUCCUACAAUAACCGACUGGUUUGAUGGCAUGUCAGCGUUUAGAGGCGAUGUCACUGCUUUGUUUUACAACCUCUUCGCGUCCAGUCCAAGAGCCUCACCUGAGCAAGUUUGCCUGAAUGCUGAAAAGUACGCAACAGAUGAGAACUUUACUAUGCGUAUGGUGUUUGAUAAAGUGCUAGAUGCCACGCUGCGUUUCUUUGUGCAUGCCUCACCUGAGCUAUGUUAUGGCCGUAGACCCGAGCCAUCUGUUGAACCAACACAAACCCUACCUACUCCAUCAAGUGAGAUGCCAUCUUCGGCAAAAUCCAUCACAGACGGACCAAAAAUGUCCGUCGACGGAGAUUCGUCUGAUUUCUUCGGAACAAUGUUCACCUUCCUGGGACAUUUCGACAACAGUGACGAACAGUGCCGUAAGUCUAUUGAAGCUGUCAAUGACGAAACAGUAUUUGAAGAUAUAGUGUUCACCAUGAAGGAAACUGUUUACAGUUUGAUGGAAGAUGUUGAUGUGUGUGAGGUCUUCAUGGACGUCAUGCAAGAGUCUCUGGAUCUUCCAUUAUCGUUUGGGAACUUUUCUGGUUUUGGCAGCAAUCGUCACUUCUGUGCAGCCAUUAAGGAAUCGUUCGACCCUGCGAGCGACCUUUACAUCGACAUUUCAGAGGUAGAAAAGCUUCUGAAGUUUAGUUUCAAUGACGCGGAGGAUGAAAGCUGGGGUAUUAUUAAACCAGAAAUCCUGAAACUGGCCGGGCGAUUGCUCAAUGCUGGGACGUUCAAGGAGGUUGUGGGGGAAUCAUGCAGAAUCUUUAACCAAACUGGCAAGGUAGGCGUGUUCUUGGGUGAUGACUUCAAACCACUUUGUGAUUGGGCAAGAAAGCCACACGACAGCUCAGACUUCAUUGGAAUGUGUUUGUCAGUUGUAGAAUAUCCAUGGAGUAACAAUCCGUACGAAGACGAUGAACCCGAGGAAGAUGGGUUUCUCGGUUGGUUGAAAGUGUUCUUGCACAAUGAAGAUCUCUCGUAUGGUGAAUUUGUUGCCUGGGUUGAGGAAAAGUUUGGAUUUGACAUCUCAACGGAUGAGUCGGUGUGCAAUAAUGCCAAAGACAUCAUUUCUAACGAGGACAUGUCAAUUCCUGUCAUUGUUGACAGUGUCAUGGAUGUUGGCAUCCGAUUACUGGCACAUGCCACUCCCUGGCUUUGUGAAGACAGUGGACAAGAUGCCCCUACGGCCAUUCCACCAUUCGGCUUUACUGAAAUGCCACAAUGGACAGAAUCCGUCUUACGAAAUAUCACCAUGGACAUGCCUGAAGAAAUCGAUCCUCUGAAAUUACUUGGAGAUAUAUUCAGCUUCCUUGGAAAUUAUCCAAACAGCGACGAACUCUGUCGAGAUUCACUUGCAGCUGUAGCCGAGGGAGCAGACCCUGUUCUCUUGGACGGAAUGGUCAACACAUUCAAGGAAGCUAUGUACUCUAUCAUGAGGGAUUCUGGUUAUUGUACAUCUUUUGUGGACUUCAUGCAACAGUCUCUUCAACUUCCCUUCUCUAUUGGCGACAUCACUGGCUUUGGAGACAACCAGGGACUAUGUGAGGCCAUCAGUCGCGCAUUCGACCCAAAUAGCAACGAAGAGAUAGAUUUGUCUGUAUUCCGGACGCUGAUCUAUCCAGACUAUGUCGAUUCAGAAACACGGCCUGGAGCAACAGAGCGGCCAGAUGAAGAGUCUCCCAUAAUCCCUCAAGAAUGGCAACACUUUAUUAGAGAAAUACUGAAGGUUGUUGGGCGACUUUACAAUUCCGGUACAAUCACGGAGGCGAUUGGCACUACCUGUGGCCUCCUUGAUCAAGCCGAUAUUGACAUUGGCGCUUUGGUACCAGAGCUUGGCGAAGUUUGUGACUGGUCUCGAAGGGGUUCUGAUCUUGAGGAAUUCUACCAUUUCUGUAUUGAGUUUGUAGAUCUGCCAUGGGACCGUACUCCGGAUGACGACUUCUAUGAUGGACCUGAGGAUGACGAAUUUUUGAAUUUCUUGAAAUUCAUCUUACGAGAUGAGGACCUCACGUAUGGUGAAUUUGUUGCCUGGGUUGAGGAAACGUUUGGCUUUGACAUCUCAACGGAUGAGUCGGUGUGCAAUAAUGCCAAAGACAUCAUUUUUAACGAGGACAUGUCAAUUCCUGUCAUUGUUGACAGUGUCAUGGAUGUUGGCCUCCGAUUACUGGCACAUUCCACUCCCUGGCUUUGUGAAGACAGUGGACAAGAUGCCCCUACUGCCAUUCCACCAUUCGGCUUUACUGAAAUGCCACGAUGGACAGAAUCCGUCUUACGAAAUAUCACCAUGGACAUGCCUGAAGAAAUCGAUCCUCUGAAAUUACUUGGAGAUAUAUUCAGCUUCCUUGGAAAUUAUCCAAACAGCGACGAACUCUGUCGAGAUUCACUUGCAGCUGUAGCCGAGGGAGCAGACCCUGUUCUCUUGGACGGAAUGGUCAACACAUUCAAGGAAGCUAUGUACUCUAUCAUGAGGGAUUCUGGUUAUUGUACAUCUUUUGUGGACUUCAUGCAACAGUCUCUUCAACUUCCCUUCUCUAUUGGCGACAUCACUGGCUUUGGAGACAACCAGGGACUAUGUGAGGCCAUCAGUCGCGCAUUCGACCCAAAUAGCAACGAAGAGAUAGAUUUGUCUGUAUUCCGGACGCUGAUCUAUCCAGACUAUGUCGAUUCAGAAACGCGGCCUGGAGCAACAGAACGGCCUGGAGCAACAGAGCGGCCAGAUGAAGAGUCUCCGAUAAUCCCUCAAGAAUGGCAAAACUUUAUUAAAGAGAUACUGAAGGUUGUUGGGCGACUUUACAAUUCCGGUACAAUCACGGAGGCGAUUGGCACUACCUGUGGCCUCCUUGAUCAAGCCGAUAUUGACAUUGGCGCUUUGGUACCAGAGCUUGGCGAAGUUUGUGACUGGUCCCGAAGGGGUUCUGAUCUUGAGGAAUUCUACCAUUUCUGUAUUGAGUUUGUAGAUCUGCCAUGGGACCGUACUCCGGAUGACGACUUCUAUGAUGGACCUGAGGAUGACGAAUUUUUGAAUUUCUUGAAAUUCAUCUUACGAGAUGAGGACCUCACAUAUGGUGAAUUUGUUGCCUGGGUUGAGGAAACGUUUGGCUUUGACAUCUCAACGGAUGAGUCGGUGUGCAAUAAUGCCAAAGACAUCAUUUCUAACGAGGACAUGUCAAUACCUGUCAUUGUUGACAGUGUCAUGGAUGUUGGCCUCCGAUUACUGGCACAUGCCACUCCCUGGCUUUGUGAAGACAGUGGACAAGAUGCCCCUACGGCCAUUCCACCAUUCGGCUAUACUGAAAUGCCACGAUGGACAGAAUCCGUCCUGCGAAAUAUCACCAUGGACAUGCCUGAAGAAAUCGAUCCUCUGAAAUUACUUGGAGAUAUAUUCAGUUUCCUUGGAAACUAUCCAAACAGCGACGAACUCUGUCGAGAUUCACUUGCAGCUGUAGCCGAGGGAGCAGACCCUGUUCUCUUGGACGGAAUGGUCAACACAUUCAAGGAAGCUAUGUACUCUAUCAUGAGGGAUUCUGGUUAUUGUACAUCUUUUGUGGACUUCAUGCAACAGUCUCUUCAACUUCCCUUCUCUAUUGGCGACAUCACUGGCUUUGGAGACAACCAGGGACUAUGUGAGGCCAUCAGUCGCGCAUUCGACCCAAAUAGCAACGAAGAGAUAGAUUUGUCUGUAUUCCGGACGCUGAUCUAUUCAGACUCUGUCGAUUCAGAAACACGGCCUGGAGCAACAGAACGGCCUGGAGCAACAGAGCGGCCAGAUGAAGAGUCUCCGAUAAUCCCUCAAGAAUGGCAAAACUUUAUUAGAGAGAUACUGAAGGUUGUUGGGCGACUUUACAAUUCCGGUACAAUCACAGAGGCGAUUGGCACUACCUGCGGCCUCCUUGAUCAAGCCGAUAUUGACAUUGACGCUUUGGUACCAGAGCUGGGCGAAGUUUGUGACUGGUCUCGAAGGGGUUCUGAUCUUGAGGAAUUCUACCAUUUCUGUAUUGAGUUUGUUGAUCUGCCAUGGGACCGUACUCCAGAAGCUCCAGAGUGCAGUGACGGUUGGUGGGUAACCUUCCUUUUCCAAACCCAAUUCGAUUUACCAUUUGAUGAUGAUAGAGAUGGUGAAUCUGUAAAUUCAGACAACGAAAUCUCCCACGAAACAGGCCAACUUUUAUUUCAGAGAAUCGCUGAAGCGGUGUACAGGCAACUGGGCGACGAUCCCUACGCCGUGUGUGAAAGGUUUGGCUCCGUCAUGCAGGCAGAUACUGCAGAUGUUUUGGAAUUUGGCAAGUCUGUGGCAAGGUCUAUCUUCGCAUCACUUUUUUCCGGUGAAUCGUUGUCUACGAAGUGUGUACAAUAUUAUAAUAAUGCGUCCUCUUCAGAUGUUAGCCCUUCAGGAUUUACGGUCUUUGAUGAAACAGAGAGGCUCAUUUCAGAAUUGUCAGGAAAGUUCACAAAUGGAAAUGAUUUCUGCAGUUUCAUCAUGAGCUUUAAUGAGGAGGAGAGGAGGGCUUCACUUGUUGCUGCGGCGGUAGAAGGUGCCUUUAAUAUCAUGAAUGAUGUCAGUUUAUGUAACUCCUCACUCCAUAUUCUUCUUGGGCGCGACGGCCUAUCUCCAUUCAGGCAAAUAUCAAGUUUCGAAAAGGUGGAAACAUUCUGUGUCUAUCUGCAUGACAGUUUUAAUGAGAGAGUUAAUGCCACCGAAUUCAAUUUACAGCUACCUGCAAACUUCAACAUGACCACCUACACACCAUCAGCAGGAGAAUUCCUUCCCGGCGUUACCAUCCGAGAUAUAGUAUCUCUGGCGGGGGCUCUGUUCACCACUAACAAGUUUAAUGAGACCUUGACUCUGGCAUGCGACCGUUUGGGCCCACUUUUCGAUGACCGGGUUUUCCCAGGCUUCGGUCAUUUUGGCCUUAUCUGUAAUGCCAUCAAUCAAGGUGACAUCCAAGGUGUGGUAUCACAGUGUCAACAGGUGUUGGUACCUCAAUUUUACGGUGCUGAUCACCCAAUCGCACUGAGUCAUGUUGACUUUGGCGAAUUACUCCUGGAAACCAUCCUCCCUGCCUUCAACUACGAACCCCGUUUUGAAAAAGAUGUCAUCUGCCCAGCCAUUGAAACUGUCCUCAAUUCUGACACUAGCCCAGAGGCACUGGCCACUAUUGUGGCAAACGGCUUGUUGAGGGCUGGAAUCCAAUAUGGAGCUGGUAUAUGCCAAGACAUCGAGGGAGUGUUGAACUACCUUUCUCCCGAUUUGGGCCCUUAUGGAGACCCAUCUAAUCCCAACUACGACGCAGAGACUGCACAGUGGCUUCUGGAAUCAAGAUUGGAGUAUCAGCGCUACUUCUUUGGAUUUUUCGACUUCGCCAGCACUUUGGCCGGCUUUGAGAGCUACGAACUCAUGUGCACUGCCCUUAUUGAUGCCGUCCAGGAUCAGACUGCAUUCGACAAUUUGGUUGACCUCCUUCGGGAGCAGGCAUUCUCAUACCUCACGAAUGAGGAUGAGUGCGCGAUAGCAGUAGAAGCUGUCAUGAGGUUCAUCAACAUUGCAUCUCCAGAAGCUGCAUCUGGCAACCUGUUGUAUCAAGUCACCGGCUACUACAGUCCCCGAGCCCUCUGCAUAGCUACCUCUGCUGCAUUCCGUGGAGAGUCCAUCGCUGCCGAAGAAGAUUGUUUGGGCAUUUUGGAUUGUGCGAAUGUCUGCAACGGUGACACCUUAUACGACUGCGCUGGUGAAUGCGGUGGCAGCGCAGUGCGGGACUGCGCUAACGUCUGCAACGGUGACGCCACCAUGAACAGCUGCAACCUGUGCGUCGGGGGCUUCACGAACCGCGGACAAGACUUUGGGAAGGACCGCUGCGGCACCUGCUGGUCAGAUCCCAAUUACCGUAUCACCUGGGAUUGCCACGGCACAUGCAACGGCUCGGCAUUCGUGGACGACUGUAAAGAGUGUGUUGACGGCGAAACGGGAAGGCCAGCCAACUACAACCAGGUCCGAAUCGACUGCCGCGGCGUCUGUGAUGGCACCUGGUUGCAGGAUGACUGCGGAUUCUGUGAGCCCUUCGAUCCAUCCUCUGGGUUUGUGGCCAACAAGUACAUGGACUGCAACGGUGACUGCUUCACACCCGGAGCUGCAUCCAACAGAGCUGAGCUCAACCAGUGCGGCGUAUGUUAUGGAGGCAACACCAUGCUGAAUGUGACCAGUGGUACAAAUGCAUGCGGACAGUGCUUGACCGACUCGUUUGCUGAUGAGAGCUCAUGCGCUGGGUGUGACGGUGUUCCCAACAGUGGUAAAGUCUUUGAUGCAUGUGAUGUCUGCGAUGGGACCGGUACAACGUGUUUUGGUAUUGGAUGGGUCGUCCCUAACCUUGUAAAUGAAAACUCUAACACUCAGCUUGAGGUGUACGGAGCUGGAUUUGAGGAAGGCUCUUCGCUGGUCUGCAUCUUUGAAGCUACCGAUGGCACCGUAACCCGGAGUGAUACUGAGUAUGAGAGUUACGUCAAAAUGACAUGCAAUGUACCAGGAUUGUCUGCAGGUGACUACAAGGUCAAAGUUGAACGUGAUGGGUUGACCUCGGAGGGCGUUUAUGGAGACUUGACUGUCCAAGCUGCUAUCGAAAUCUUGACGAUUUCACCAUCUGAGGUGACUAUCAACAGCUCCGUUGAAACCAUUGCAGUCACUGUUACGGCGGCUGCAGAGGGUUCUUUUACAUCGGUGAAAGCUGCCGGAAUUGUGCCGUCCCUCAUUGUUGAAGGAGAUAUCAGCGCGGUUGUUCCUGGCUCAUUUGAUGACAGUUCGGACAGCAUCAUGUACUUCAGUUUCCCCAUGCCAAGCAGGUCUAUGCGCGUCACUUCCUGGCCUUCGCUGAACGGCGUCGAGAAGUUAACUUCGUCGGACGGUGCUGGCUUUGAGUUGACAGCCUACACCCCUGCACCCGAGUUCACUGAAGCUUACUUUGCUUCAACAGGUGCUGCGGUGUUGACCAGGUUUAGCUCUGGAGUCAACUUUGAUGAGUUCAGCGGCUGCGACGAUGUGUUUGAGGACACCAGUAAGCUUGGCAGCUAUGCCACUUGUAGAUGGGUGGGCUCCAGAACACUAUUUAUCAUCUUAGGCUUUGGUGACAACCUCCUGGCUGUUGGUGACGAACUGGUGAUCAAAGCAGACUCAGUCAAGGCUUUCCGUGAAUCUUACUCCCGCUAUGUGACGGGCAGCCAAUCUGUUGCGGGGCCUGCCAACCCCGUAGUCCCCACAGUUGUGCUGUACGGCAAAGAGCGCAUCACCAGCUGCGGCACGGUCGCAAUGAGUGGACGGCAGACAAAGGGCGGGGCUGGACGGGACAUGAUAUACACCUGGGAGGUCAGCAGUGAAGGAGACACGACUGCCCUGGAAGCAGUGUUGUCAGGUGAAAAUAGAGUGCAGCUGAUUGCCGCUGGCAGUCUCAUGGAGGCUGAGACAAUCUACACAUACAGCCUGACGGCGCAGAACUUCCUCGGCGAAUCGCACACGGCCUCCCUGAACGUGAGCCGCUCUGCCUUGGCCGUGCCAGAGGUCGCAAUCACUGUCAAGGGGGUGGAUCCUGAUAAUGUGUACCUCUCUGACAGCUUUGACUUGACUGCCGAGGUGACCUUUUAUUCAGAUUGUGUCCCUCCCGGUGAGACUGUGUUUUCCUGGGAAGUGGAUGAUGCAGAUGUCCCAUUGAACCUGAAGACCAUUAACAGACGCACGCUGCAUGUAGACCCUAACACACUGCCAGGAGACACCACGGUGACAUUCACUGUCACCAUCUACAAGUCCAAUGACUCCGACAGUAACGUGACCCAGUCCUUCUCAGUCCGGACCCGCUACUCAGACCUCAUCCCCAUCAUCUACGGUGGCAGUGAGCUGACGGUGGGCCGUGAUAGCGGCUUCUUGGCUCUGGAUGGUUCAGGCUCCUUCGAUCUGGAUCAGGUGGCAGUCGACAUGGAGUAUGAGUGGCUGUGCUCUCAGGUAACAGACAGCACAGCCUGCUGGUCCUUCAAGGAAGGCGAGGCCGGCACCCAGUUCCCAUCGGCCUCAGCCGCAGCCAUGAGCGUGCUGUCUAUCCCGGCUAGCUCCAUGGAGGCAGAUAAGACCUACGAGUUCACCUUGGAGGUGUCCAAGCUGACGCGGUCGGCUACUACGUCCGUCCGUGUGACUGCACUGAACGGGAAUCCUCCAAAGGUGGACAUUACCACGACAUUUGAAGAGCGAGUUCUCUCCGAGAAUUCACUCUCACUGAGAGCAAACAUCAACCAUGACCUGCCCCUUACCUGCUAUGUGUGGGAGAUGGUGGGCACUGAUGAAGGUUAUGCCUUCCUAGACCUGAGUGAUUCGAACAACUUGGACAGCGCAGCCUCUCUGUUUCCUUUCAGCAACUCCAACGGAUCGAUCUCUUUCCUGACCAUCAAAGCUGGUAAACUGACAGCUGGCUCCACAUACCAGAUUCAGCUGACGGCAACCACCGACGAUGGACAGUACGGCAUAGCCAAGGUCCAGUUUACCGUCGUUGCUGGCGUGACUUCAUGCGUAUUCAGCCUGAACAGUGUGAGCUCAUACACUGAGUUGGAGGAGGUGGUGUACACAAUUGAGAAAUGUGUGGCGGACGAGUCAGCCUACCCGUUGAGUUACCGCAUCUUCCUGCUGAAUGGCAACAGAAAACAGACCGUCACCUCACAGACCAAUGACCCGGCCAUCGGAGGGGUCGGCAAAGCGGCCACAGUCGACGGCUCCAACACUAACACCUUUGUUGCAGAGGUCUGCGAUUCCUAUAAAAGCUGUAGUACCUUCUACCACACCGUCAAUGUAUCCAUCAUCCAGGAGUGCUCGGUCGCUUUCUUCGAACAGCUGUUGGAAGAUCUGGUCACAGUGCAAAAGUUCAAACAAAACUACAUCAAUGCUUUUGUCAACUACAAUGAGGUCCAAGAUAAGUGUGCCAAUAGCACCUCCUCCAGACGUCGCAGACGUUCCGUAACUACCGUCGACACAACCACACCCGAGGCUGCGGAGAAACUGUCGUUGGUACAAAGCAGCAUAGAGACCAGCGUGCUUGACACCACCUCAGCACAGUUGCUGAUUGACCAGUGCAACUACAUCAACACGGCUGACUUAGCGGCUGCUGAUAAAAGUAUUUUUGUUGGCGUUCUGGUGGACCUUGUCGCAGUCUUCGAGUCGGCCGGUGAGUCGGUUCCUGAUGACAGUGCCAGCAUUGUCCUGGACAAAGCCACUGAAAUCAGACGCAGUCUGAACGCGACCCACUAUGCCAGCAUCAUUGCGACUAUUACGACCCUCACUGACAGCCUCAGCCAGGCCCAGUUGAGCCAACUGGAGCUGGGAGCUGUCGCCUUGGAGACCUCAUCUUCCACCAGGUCCACCUCAGUGCAGCGAGCCAUACCAUCCGGUGUCUUCACAACCAAGUCUUCUGGCGGCAACUCAAUCGACUUCAAGAGUGCACUAGCUUCAAGAUUCAGUGCCGAUUGGGCUUGCAGCAGUGGUAGCUGCUCUGGCGUGACCGUCAGCUUUGACCAUUGGGAGACUGGCCAGGACGAAUUCUCUCUCACGGCCGCAGACCAGACCAGAGUGGCUGCUGACAUCACUGAUAUCAAACUGCUGGAUCCAUCCUCCGGCGAGGAGCUGACCAUCGCCAACCUGACGGAGCGCAUCUCAAUCACCCUGAGCGUGACGCUGCCCCAGUCCGGCAAGAACUACGAGUGUUACUACUGGGACACUGUUACUCAGGCCUGGUCAACCGACGGCGUCGAGACCGUGACGGAUCCAAGCAACUCCACGGUGUUGGAAUGCUUAACAGAUCAUCUCACAGCAUUCACGCUGCUUGCCAUCGACGCACCCACUACCGACUCACCGACCGAUCUAGCCACAAAUGCGCCCAAUGCGACCGAUCUAGCCACGAAUGCAGCAACCGCUUCGUCCACGGUCCAUUUCCCUACCACUGAGGAUGGACCAGUCGAGGUACCCGAAGAGGACCCCUUCCCUACGACCAUCGUCGUUGUGGUUGUCUGUGUUGUUGUUGUGGUGGCUCUUGUGGCUAUCGUCGGCGCGAUCCUCAUCGUCAAAGCCAAGAAGAAGAGCAAGGUUGCCACCUCUGAUCCCAACAUGAAUGAUGCUGAGGCACAUGAGGCACCGUGGGAGGUUGAAGCGGUACCGGCCCGUCCGGACCAGUGGGCAUCCCAGCGACCGGCUACACCACGGCGUUCCCCCAGCCCUCAGCAGGCUCCUGUGUUGCAGCAGCAACAGCCGCAGGUCAUCAACACCGUGCAGAUCGUCACCGUGCCCGUGGCACUCGAGACCCGGCCUUUGGACAGCCUCCCCGCGCCGUCUUCCCCGCACCUGGUGGCCGAUAUGAACGACACAGCCCCACCGCCCGUCUACCUCCCACCAAGUCAGAGUCCAGUCACCAUGACUGAAUUGUCUUAGAUGAAAGUAAAAAUACUCAAAACAAAAACUUAGAGUCAGAAAAGAAAAUAACUGGGGAAGUACCAUGCCACCAAGCCAGAAUCUGUGCACUGCAUUCACCAUGACUGAAUUGUCUUAGAUGAAAGUAAAAAUACUCAAAACAAAACUUAGAGUCAGAAAAAAAAAUAACUGGGGAAGUAUCAUGCCACCAAGCCAGAAUCUGGGCACUGCAGUCACCAUGACUGAAUUGUCUUAGAUGAAAGUAAAUAUACUCAAAACAAAAACUUAGAGUCAGAAAAGAAAAUAACUGGGGAAGUAUCAUGCCACCAAGCCAGAAUCUGUGCACUGCAGUCACCAUGACUAAAUUGUCUUAGAUGAAAGUUAAAAUACUCAACCAAAAAGUUAAGAGUCAGAAAAGAAAAUAACUGGGGAAGUACUCAGGUCCCAGUAAAGCCUAGUUCCUCAAAGUGAAACGCAAACAAGACCCAAACUGCAACGCAGACUGAUGGAAACAUUUCAUCCGGAAGUAUUGCCGACAACCAAGACAGACGCCGACAACCUACCCCGCAGACGAUCGGCAAAGUUCAAACUUUGCCGACGGUUCCGCUUACUGUCUGUGCAGUCUACAUCGAUAGGCUUAAGGGCACUCACAGUACCAUUCAUUGCCACAUAUUGAGAGCUCUUUUUGAAGCACACAUUGCAUGGACAUGCACGUACUGGUUUGCACAUGUAUGGCAUGAAAUAAUUAUGAACAAAAAUAUGCACAGAGCUCUAUCAGUGAAAAUGAAAUUCAAGGGGGAUUACUAUGGACUAGGGCAGAAUAUGUCAAUACUAUUAAAGAUUGAUCAGUUUUUUACUGAAUUUGACGGUGACCCUGACAAUUUUGUUUAUUUUGAAUAGGUCAUAGAUGACAAAUGUAGAAAAAUGAAGUGAUUUGUUCCUCAAAAAGUUAAAAUAAAUAUUGCUUGAAAGACAGGGCCAUGUUUGGUGCACUUUGUUAAAAAGAAUUACGUUUUUUUUUUCAGGUUUUGUCCACUUUCAUCAAAAUCAGAUCAAUAGGAAGAAUAAGAUUUGGCAAUAAUUCUACAAUAAGAGGUUUGCAGUGUUUUCAAAAUUUCUAUUGUGUACAUAGGACCUUUUUAAGUCUCAUUUUCAAAUGUUUAUUGUUUAUAAUAAACAAUGAUGCAAUAAAAACAUCUUUACAGGGUACAGGUUUUAUAUAGCCGUAUAAAACAAUUGGAUGCUUAUCAACUAAAUUUGUAUCACUUGUCCCUUUGGUGUGUGAACCAAUUUUGUUGAGGCAUAUUUUUGUGCUAUGUCAAGUUGUGAGCCAAUGAAACGGACCGAUGAUGGUCAACCCUCAUCAGGUAUAUAUAUAGCCAGUAAAUCGGGUAUAAAAGCUAAACUGUCAUUGGACAGCAGACAUAAACAAGUUGCGACCGCUUAAAAUUACCGAAAAUUGUACAUUUAUUUAUCUGUUUAGUUGUGUGAAGUAUUUUCUUAAUAUGCGAAAGUAUUACUGAAUUUUAAUAAUUUUCCAUAAUUGCUGUUCUUGAAUGUUUGAUGUGAUGACAAUCGAAGAUGUAUUUUUAUUCAAUCCUAUAGAUUAGAUAAUUUUAAAAUAAAACCAUAUUUCAGCUGAUAUAACUCUAUUAUAUUUUGCGACUUGACAAUAAUGUACAAAUGUCUUUCAGUGUCUAUGCACUUUUUAAAAAUAUUUCAAGAGUUUAAUAAUUAUUUAGAUUAUAAUUAUUCUCCAUAGAUUUAAUUAACAUUUUGUGAGCCUUCAAUAAUAGACUUAAUAAAUUUUGAGUAUGUGUGUGUAAUAGCUUAAAAAAGCUGUUUCAAUUAGCA